UCUUCCCUCCCUUGGCCGGCCCUCCAGGAGGCGCCCUGGGUGGAGGCGAGCCGAGCUCUGGACGGCCCGGCCCCUGCUCUCCGCCUCUCCCCUCCCCGCGCAGUGCCGGCUGAUGGAGCGCAGGGCCAGGGCUGGCUCUCGCUGAGCCCCCGGUCCCCUCUAGCCUGAUCCCUAGAGAGGGAGACGCCUGUGCCCAGCGCAGCUCUGCCAGGCCCUGCCAGCUCCCCGUGCCCCACCAUGCCGCUGCUGGACGUUUUCUGGGCUUGCUUCAGAAAAGUGAAGUGCUUCCCGUCGCUGCGGGGGAGGAAGAAUGCGGAAGCCGAGGCCAAGAAAGCAUGCGAGUGGCUCCGAGCUACAGGAUUCCCUCAGUAUGCUCAGCUCUUUGAAGAAGGUUCGCUCCCCCUGGAUCUUGGCUCUGUGAAGAAGGACCACGGUUUUCUGGACGAGGACUCUUUGGGGGCCCUGUGCAGGAGGCUGAUGACCUUAAACAAGUGUGCCUCGAUGAAACUGGAGGUUCAUUUUCAAAGUAAGCAGAAUGACGACUCUGAAGAGGAGGAGCGCUGUGCCAUCAGCACCCCCUGGGCUGUGCAGCGAGAAAGUCAGCGCUGGUCUCGCGUGGGUUCCUCUGACCUGCUGGCCCCACCGAGCCCUGGGCUGCCAGUGACCUCCAGCUGUGAGAGCGUCCUCACAGAACUUAGUGCCACCUCCCUGCCGGCCAUCACCGUGAGCCUCCCACCAGAGCCAGCAGACUUGCCCUUGCUAGGCCGUGUCCCCAGCCCGAGUGACCGGUCCCUCCUUAGCCCCACUCAGAGCCCAGAGGAUCCCCAGGACAAAGCCAAGAAGCGUCGUUCCCGUAGCUUCCUCAAGCAUUUCGAGUCUCUGAGGCGGAAGGAAAAGGGUGGCAGCCGGCAAGCCGAGGCCGAGCAUAGGCCAGCCACCUCGGAGAAGGCCACCAAAGCCUCCUCUUUCCGCAGCCGCCGCGGCUUCCUCUCAGCCGGAUUCUACAGGGCCAAGAACCGGGCACACAGCUCUGCCAGUGGUGGUGGCGCUGAGACUCGGAGGGUCUGGGAGGCCUGGCCUGUGGCCACGUUCCGGCAUCCUCAGCGGGCACACAGGGCUAACUGCCUGGUGCACGUGCCCGGGGACCACAAACCAGGCACAUUCCCUCGUUCCCUGUCCAUUGAGAGCCUGUGUCCUGAGCACGGACACCGUCUGGCCGACUGGCAGCCAGGAAGGCGCCGGGGCUGCGAUGGUCGCCGGGGCUCCUGUGGCUCCACGGGCAGCCAUGCCAGCACCUAUGACAACAUGCCUGAGCCGUGCCCCACCGAGCUCGGACUGGCUGGGGCCGAGGCUGAAGGGGAGGAGCGUGGGGGCAGCUAUGCCCACCUAGACGACAUCCUCCAGCACGUGUGGGGCCUGCAGCAACGGGUAGAGCUUUGGUCUCAGGCCGUGUACCCAGAUCUGAGGCCUGGAGACAAGGGGGACGAAGACGAUGACGAAGAAGAGGAGGAGGCCACUUCAUCGGUGGACAUCGCCACGGUCGAGGUCGAAGCUCAGGCUGAGGCUCUGGCCCGGGAAGACGUUCCAGCCCACAGAGAAGCCUCGGCCCUGGACCGGGCUGACGUCCAGCCAGUCGUCCCAGCUCAGCUUGAGGCUGAGACCCUGGGCCCAGCCCCGGAUAAUGAGCAGGAGGCAAAUUCAGGUGGGGAACCCACUUCUGCCUCCAGCCUAUCUGUGGAAGAAGGACACUCCAUCUCCGACACUGUGGCCUCCUCCAGUGAACUGGAUAGUAGCGGGAACUCUGUGAAUGAGGCUGAGGCCUCGGGGUGUCCGGCUGGACUCCAGGUGUCAGCGCCUCGUGAACGACGAGAUUCGGGCGUUGGGGCCUCACUUACCAGACCCUGCAGGGUGUUAGAAGAGAUGGCCUCUGAUCCCCAGCUUUGCCAGGCUGCUGUUGCCAGCGCAGACCCCGAGCUGCAGUCCCAGAUGGAGGGGACUAGUGCCGCUUCUGGUGCUAGGAAGCUCCGCUGGCACAGUUUCCAGAAUUCCCACCGGCCCAGCCUCAACUCGGAGUCACUGGAGAUCAACCGGCAGUUCGCCAGCCAGAUCCACCUGCUGCACAAGGGCUCCCUGCUGCGGCUCACGGCCUUCAUGGAGAAGUACACCGUACCCCAAAAGCACGGCUGGGGCUGGUCGAUGCCCAAGUUCAUGAAAAGGAACAAGACCCCAGACUACCGGGGCCAGCACGUGUUUGGGGUGCCACCCCUGAUCCACGUGCAGCGCACAGGCCAGCCGUUGCCACAGAGCAUUCAGCAAGCCAUGCGUUACCUGCGCAGACAUUGCCUGGACCAGGUGGGCAUCUUCCGCAAGUCUGGGGUGAAGUCUAGGAUCCAGAACCUGCGCGAAUUGAACGAGAGCUCCCCAGACAGUGUCUGCUAUGAGGGCCAGUCAGCCUACGAUGUGGCUGACCUGGUCAAGCAGUAUUUCCGAGACCUGCCUGAGCCCAUCUUCACCAGCAAGCUCAGCACGACUUUCCUGCAGAUCUACCAGCUCCUUCCCAAAGAUCAGUGGCUGCCGGCAGCGCAGUCCGCCACCUUGCUGCUCCCUGAUGAGAACCGAGAGGUGCUGCAGACCCUGCUGUAUUUCCUAAGUGACAUCGCCUCUGCCGAGGAAAACCAGAUGACAGCCGGCAACCUGGCAGUGUGCUUGGCACCCUCCAUCUUCCACCUCAACAUCUCCAAGAAGGAUAGCUCCUCACCCAGGAUCAAGGGCAAACGCAGCCUGGGUGGCCGGCCAGGCCCCAGGGACCUGAGUGAGAACAUGGCUGCCACCCACGGACUGUCCCAUAUGAUCAGUGACUGCAAGAAACUUUUCCAGGUGCCCCAGGACGUGGUGCUGCAGCUGUGUGGGGCCUACAGUGAGGCCGAGCUCAGCCCUCCUGGCCCGGCCCUGUCCGAGCUGCGGCGGGCCCAUGCCGCUGGCGUGAGCCUGAGCGUCUACAUGGAAGAGAGCGUGCAGGAGCUGCUGCGCGACGCUGCUGAGCGCUUCAAGGGCUGGACAACCGUGCCAGGGCCCCAGCACACGGAGCUGGCUUGCAAGAAGGCACCGGACGAGCACCCGCUGCGUAUGUGGAAGGCAUCCACGGAGGUGGCGGCACCCCCGGCUCUGGUGCUGCACCGCAUUCUGCGGGAGCGGGCCCUCUGGGAUGAGGACCUGCUGCGGGCCCAGGUGCUGGAGUCCCUGAUGCCAGGUGUUGAGCUGUACCACUACGUCACCGACAGCAUGGCUCCCCAUCCUUGCCGCGACUUCGUCGUCCUCCGGAUGUGGCGCUCUGACCUGCCCCGCGGAGGCUGCCUGCUUGUCUCCCAAUCCCUGGAGCCUGAGCAGCCCGUGCCCGAGUCGGGGGUGAGGGCGCUGCUGCUCACCUCCCAGUACCUCAUGGAGCCCUGUGGCCUGGGCCGCUCCCGCCUCACCCACAUCUGCCGCGCGGACCUCAGGGGCCGUUCUCCUGACUGGUACAACAAAGUCUUCGGGCACCUGUGUGCCAUGGAAGUGGCAAAGAUCCGAGACUCCUUCCCGACUCUGCAGGCGGCUGGCCCGGAGACAAAGCUGUAAACCUCGUCCCGGUUCCAGGGUGGUACCACCCAGCCCCUUGGCACUAAAAGACCAAGGAGGCCUACCCCAUGCCCCCCAGCUGCCCGUCCCCCCCUCAGUUCCUGAAGCCCCUCUGCACAUACAGGUGAAGGAAAGAAAAUUUUAGUAU